CACGAACCUCAACAUAACAACAACAUUAACAGCCCCAUCAAUAUUACAUAAAAAAUUAUUACAAUCCAUUAAAAUCUUAUUUUACAACUUAGUUUUAAGACCAUCUUUAGUUUCCUUAAAACAAUAUUUAGCUUUAUUACACACAUUCUGGUAUGUUUUUCUUUAGGUCUUCAGUUCUAAUGUAACUUUUAGUAAUCAUCGUUAGUGAAAGAGUUUUUGUUUUUUGUUUUUUUUUUCUUGUUUGGAUUUUAGCAUUAGGAAGUCUUUUUUGUUGUUGUUAUUCUUCUUUGUUAUUAUCAUCACCAAACAAAGCAUUAAUGUAAUUCUUCUUUAGAUUCAUAAAUUUGCAGAGAGGCUUAUCAUAAGAAUUGGAGAGAACCCGUCAUGGAGAUGAUGAUGGUGAUAAUGAUGAUGUUGAUGAUGAUGAUGAUUGGUUCAAUGGCAGAUGAUACCAAUGAUGUUUACAGUCCAUGUGAUGAUGCCAAAGUGCAGAAACUAGAUGGGUUUACAUUUGGUGUUGCAUUUUCAAAGAAGGAAUUUUUCUCCUUCGAAAAUGUGCAGCUUUCUCCAUGUGAUAGUCGCCUUGGUUUAGCCACCAAAAGUGCACAACUUGCUGUUUUUAGGCCAAAGCUAGACGAAAUUUCUCUCCUUACCAUCAAUGGCAGCGAUCUCCUUAAAGCUGGUGGAUACAUGGUAGCAUUUGCAGGGAGGAAAUAUGCAGCCAGAUCAUUACCGAUAAUGGUUGCCGAUGACAAAAACACCAUAACUAGCUUCACUUUGGUUCUUGAAUUCAAACAAGGCACUCUACAAAAUUUAUUUUGGAAAAGUUCUGGUUGUGAUUCAUGCUCUGGAGAAUCAGCUACUUGUCUCAACAACCAAGACUGUGCAAGACCAACCUCAAAAUGUGGGCAAAAUGGGUGCAAUUUGGGCAUACAGUUAGCAUUUUCUGGGACAGACAAGAACCUUGAAGCACUCAAUUCAUGGUACGAAGUUAGCAAAUUCCGACAAAAUUCACUCUAUGGACUGUACGCAGAUUUACGUGACAAGCUUUUCUAAGUUUGCAAAUUCCCAUGAAUUGCCGAUGGCCUUCGAUUUGUUAUUAUUGAUGGUCUAUUUCUUCUACUCAUUCGAAAUUUAGACAUUCUAACUCUAAUAAACAUAUUUUGGUUACAACCUUAUAUUCAAGAUUUUUGUUUUAAAAUAAA